UUUGACAAAAGAACAAAAAAAAAAAAGCAGAAGAAGAGAGAAAAUAGUGGAUGUUGUGUCCAGAAGACUCGCAAUGCUGGUGGUGGACUGAGUUUGGUGUUCCUCUCAAAUCGGGAAUCACACCAUCGAAUCUCUUCACUUGUACACGUGUAAACCCUUUCCUCUCUUAAACCUAUUUUCUUACUAUUAUUCAGCUUAGUGGAGGGAGGGACAGAGAGAAUAAAAGGGGUUCCGAUCUUGAUGACGUUGAAUUCGUGAUGGGUUUUGGCGUUUUGAGUUGAGAAAAAAAGGAAGUGGUUUUCAGGCGAGAAGAGAUGGAUGGAGAAGGGAUCUCUGAUGGGUUAUCGGCGGAAAGGAAAGUGGAAAUCAGAGUAAAUAACAAAGGGAGAAAGGUUAUAGUUGAGAAAUCUGCAGCUGAAGGGUUACCUGAAGGAUGGAUCAAGAAGCUUGUUAUAUCAAACAGAUCAGGCCGUAAAAGAAGAGAUCCUUUCUUCAUUGACCCUCAAAGUGAGUAUAUCUUCCCUUCCUUCAGAGCUGCAUCACGUUAUGUUGAGACUGGCGAUAUUGGGCAUUAUGCACGCAAGUUCAAGGAAAGCGAUACUGAAGAUGAUGAUUCCGGAAAUGGCAAGAACGUUCUUCAUCUGGAGUCUGCUGAUGCUUUACUGGAAAAGGAGAAGAACAUUGAUGUUAAUAAUAGUAAACGGAGAAGAAACUCAUCUUCUUCUUCUGGUGAACAUUCCGAGAAUUGUAAAAUGAAUUCUGAAGUGAGCAGUGUAACCUCACAAGUUCUCGAGGAUUUGGUGAAGAAGAAAGAUGUGAAUGAGCCCAUUGCGAAACGUGUUACUAGGAGCCAAACUAAAGCAAAUGAGACUGAGGAAGUAGACGUACAUGUAAAACCCAGACUGAGAAGUGCUAGUUCACAAAGUUCACAGAAGAGAUCUGUGAUGAAGGAGGAAGAUGUAAGAGAUUCUGCUGAAAAAGGGAUCACGAGGAGUAAGGGUUUAGUGAAGAAGAAUGAGUUAGCUAAUACUGUAGCAAGAAGAGCAUCAAAACGAUUAGCUGGUAUUGAGCUUGAACCUACCCCUGAACUGGAUACAAGAACCAAAGCUCAACCAGUAGCACCUCCUGAUGAUGAUGAUGGCACAGCCGGAAAGUGCAUGCAACCUGUGGAUCCUAUUGCUGUUACCAGCGGAUUGAAAAAGAUGGAUAUACCUCUCACUAAGGAAGAAGCCAAAAGCUAUAAUACUGAACAUUCAUCUCCAAAACCAAAUGCUUCUUCUUCUUCUACAAGCAUGAAUCGUGUGAGUGCAGAAUUAGAAUUGGAAAUGCAUAUAGAAAAGAUCGGUAAAUCUGGAGACAAGAUGAAGAUGAAGAUGCCACAGAUGACAUCCCAGGUGGAACUGAAUCCAGUUUUUCGUCUUGAGGGUUACAAGCAGAAGGAAGAAAUGUCGCCAGUGUCACCAUUAUCUUGCAAAACUUCUGCAACAAAGCGUGAGAAGACAGCAGGAGGCAAAAGAUUGGGACGGUGGAGUGCAAAUGCUAAUAAAGUUACUAGUCCGAAAGCAAAUGAGAUGUCAUCAUCAAAUAAAGAAGAGCAUCCACAUCCGCAUCCUUAUGAUAACGGAAAUGUCACACAAAGGAGAAAUAAACUAAGCAACAACUCAUUUGAAUCGUCUGUUGUUAGAGGCACAUUCUCAGAAGUGAUGGAGAAGAGUAAUAAUACCAACAGCUUCUCCUCCUCCUCCGCAGCAACUCUUGCAGAUCUUUGGAAAGAUCCUUGCAUUGCCUUUGCUAUCAAAACACUGACCGGAGACACGCUGCGUCUUCCCAACAACACUGCAUCAAUCUCUUCUGAUGCCAAGCAGAAAGGAGUCACAUUUCUCCCAGAGACGCCUCAAAAUGCCAAAACAAACUCUGGAGUGUCUAGUGAAUCAGCACCGGGUAUGGAUAUCUGGAAAGACCCGUGUAUCGACUUUGCUAUAAAAACCCUGACAGGGGCAAUCCCUGUAGGGUCAAAUGAGCCGGUUGUAAAACCAAAACAUGAAGGGAUGACGAUGACAUCAUCAUCAGCAAGACAGGAACAUGAAGGUAGGCAACUGUGAUUAUGUAGUUCAACAGUGUAGUAACAAGACCAUGGAGAAACCUGGAGGAGAUCUAAGACUAGGUUGUUUUCCCUUUGUACUAGUAUUAGUAGUUUAAAGACGCCAUGGAUAUAAAGUAAGAUCCAUCAUCCAUGUGCAAUGCCUACUUCUUUGUGUUCUGUAUAUACAAUAUGUAUUAGUUUGAUAUAUCGACAGAACCUGGAGACUCAUAAAAGCUCGUAAACGCAUGCAAUGAUCUUGUUUUUUUU